UCCUCUUGGCACGGGGGCCAGGAGACAGUGCUCAACAUGACUGCCCGUGCACCGGCCCCUCGGUGGUUGCUGCUGCCGCUGCUGCCGCUGCUCACCCUGCCAGCCACAGGUUCAGACCCCGUACUCUGCUUCACCCAGUAUGAGGAAUCCUCUGGCAAGUGCAAGGGCCUCCUGGGAAGUGUCAAGGUGGAAGACUGCUGUCUCAACGCUGCCUUUGCCUUCCAGGAAGAUGGCAGCAAGAUCUGUCAGAUAUGCAGGUUCCCACGAUGGUCACCGUGGUCCCCAUGGGCCCCCUGCUCAGUGAAGUGCUCUGAGGGAUCCCAGCUGCGGCAUCGGCGCUGUGUGGGCCGGGACGGGAAGUGCUCUGAGAAGGCAGUGCCUGGGACCCUUGAGUGGCAGCUACAGGCCUGUGAGGACCAGCCGUGCUGUCCUGAGAUGGGUGGCUGGUCUGACUGGGGGCCCUGGAAACCUUGCUCUGUCACCUGCUCCAAAGGGAUCCAGAUCCGCGAGCGAGCUUGUAAUCACCCCGCCCCCAAGUGUGGAGGCCACUGCCCAGGAGAGGCACAGGAGUCACGGGACUGUGACACCAAGCAAGUUUGCCCCACACAUGGGGCCUGGGCCGCCUGGGGCCCCUGGAGCCCCUGCUCAGGAUCCUGCCACGGGGGACCCCAGGCACCUAUGGAAACGCGAAGGCGCACAUGUUCUGCACCUGAGCCCUCCCGGCAGCCUCCUGGGAAAUCCUGCCCAGGGCCAGCCCAUGAGCAGCGGGGCUGCACUGGCCUGCCACCCUGCCCAGUGGCUGGGGGCUGGGGGCCAUGGGGCCCUGUGAGCCCCUGCCCUGUGACCUGUGGCCUGGGCCAGACUGUGGAACAACGGACAUGUGAUCACCCUGUGCCCCGGCACGGGGGCCCCUUCUGUGCUGGUGACGCCACCCGGACCCACAUCUGCAACACGGCCGUGCCCUGCCCUGUGGAUGGAGAGUGGGAGGCCUGGGGGCAGUGGAACACCUGCACCCGCCCGAACGUAAAGUCCAUCAGCUGUAAGGAAAUCCCGGGCCAGCAGACACGCUUAAGGAUCUGCAAGGGCCGCACGCUUAAUGGACAGCGAUGCGCCGGCCAGUACCAGGAUAUCCGGCACUGCUACAACAUCCAGGGCUGCAUCUGGAAAGGCUCAUGGUCAGAGUGGAGUACCUGGGGACUGUGCAUGCCUCCGUGUGGCCCCAAGCCCACCCGUGCCCGCCAUCGCCUCUGCACAGCCUUGCUCCCCAAGUUCUCGCCCACCAUUUCCAUGGUCGAAGGUCAGGGUGAGAAGAACGUGACCUUCUGGGGGGCACCACGGGCACUGUGCGACGAGCUGCAGGGGCAGAGACUGGUGGUGGAGGAGAAACGGCCAUGUCUACACGUGCCUGCCUGCAAAGACCCUGAGGACUAGAAGCUCUAACACUUCUCCCUUCCACUCUGACCCUCUGAACUCCCAAACCUCAAUAAACCAGCCUCUUCG